GUGACCUCGACUGAGCCAAGCAGAAAUGUCACACAAGUGCCUCUGCUGAGAUGAGCUCCCCAGCACAGCAGGAACCCACGUCGCCUGCAGCAUCUCUGGGCUCUGGGGGCCCCGUCCACGACAGGACCAGCCUCCGCAUGACCACACCCUGUGUGUCUGCCCGUCCUGUGGGCACCGAGGUCCCUCCCUAUGCACUGCUAGAGCCAGAGACGGGAGACGCCAUGACCCCCGCCCUCACGGCCCUGCUCUGUCUCGGGCUGAGUGUGGGCCCCAGGACCCGAGUGCAGGCAGGGACCCUCCCCAAACCCACCAUCGGGGCUGAGCCAGGCUCUGUGAUCCCCCGGGGGACAUCUGUGACCAUCUGGUGUCAGGGGAAUCUGGAGGUCCAGGAGUACCGCCUAUAUAAAGAGGGAAACUCAGUGUACUGGGAUGGACAGAAGACACUGGAGCCCGGGGACAAGGCCAAGUUCUCCAUGAGACACAUGACAGAUGAUUUACCAGGACGAUAUCUCUGUUCCUAUCGCAGUCCCACUGGCUGGUCAGAGCUCAGUGACCCCCUGGAGCUGGUGGUGACAGGUGUGUCGGGCAAGCCCUCCCUCCUGAGCCAGCAGGGCCCUGUCGUGACCUCUGGACAGAGCCUGACCCUCCAGUGUCGCUCUGAUGUUGGCUACGACAGAUUCGCUCUGUCCAAGGAGGGAGCAGGUGACCCUCCCCGGCACCUUGGCCGGCAGCCCCACGCUGGGCUCUCUGGGGCGAACUUCAACCUGGACCCUGUAAGACCCUACCACGGCGGCCGGUACACAUGCUAUGGUGGACAGAACCUCUCCUCUGAGUGGUCGGCCCCCAGUGACCCCCUGGACAUCCUGGUCGCAGGUGAGAUGCCACAGGUCAGUCAGGACCCCAGACCCUGCACAGCUCCUCCCAGUGACCGCCUGGAGCUCCUGGUCAUAG